AAAGACACUUAGUCGGCGUUCGAGCGCUUGGUAGUUUUGUCUUCUAUAAGUAAUUUAAAUUCAAGUCACACACCUACAAAUUGUGAAAAAAUCUUGCAUACUGGUUUAGUACGUCGUGUCAGCUACGACACUAAACACCCAUAAAUUCAUCGUACGCUCGCUUGCUCACCUGCGAUCCGUUAAGACAGUGUAACAGUUGGUGGAAAMAUAAUCGAUAAUAAGUAAUAAUGAAUACCCAGCUGAUCUUGUUGCUGGCCUGUGUAGCAUUGGUUGCAGGCAAAUUCCAGAUUCGUACAGCUCAAGAUGCGCUCGACGCACACGAGGCGUGCCAUGAGGAGUAUCGCGUCCCGGAAGACAUUUACCAGAAGUUCCUGAACUAUGAGUUUCCAGCRCAUAAACGCACCAACUGUUAUGUUAAAUGCUUUGUGGAGAGAAUGGGACUCUUCACCGAGGAGAAGGGCUUCGAUGAGAAAGCGAUUAUAGCGCAAUUCACUGCGAAGAGCUCAAAGAAUUUGGCCAAGGUAUCACAUGGGCUGGAGAAGUGUCUUGAUCACAACGAACACGAUUCGGACACUUGCACUUGGGCCAAUCGCGUGUUCUCCUGCUGGAUAUCCGUGAACCGGCCGAUUGUGCGCCGGACCUACAUUGAAAACUAGGAACUCGAUGCGGCAUUGCGAUUGCGAUUGCAAAACCCUAGUUUUAAGCUGAUGAAUUUUUUCGAAAAUUCGGUUUUUAUGCGCGAUUCAUUAUAAAAGAAAGAAAGACAAUAAAUAAUGUAAGAAUUA